AGAGUGACACMGUUUGAUGGAAAUCCAUCAAAAAUUUUGGCUUCGAAGAAGAGACACUUUCUUAGCCGAAACGGUUCGUUGUGUCAUGGUACAGGUACGUAUGUACCCUUCUGGGUUCGUAUUCGUAUCAGUACUACGUAUGAGUGCAUUUCUGUUUUCUCUAUGAAUGGUUCGAUCGAGUCAAAGGCAUCCUUCGUGUGCUGCUAGUGGAUCUACCGGUAAGGUACCCAAGUACUUGUACGUACUCGUACUCGUACCUGUAAAAGAUUUCCUUCAUUUCACGAUCGACGAUUUGUGCAUUCUGUUCAUCAUCAGACAAUCAGAACAAGACAUCGAACAGAGWAUGCCUUCGCAUGCAAUAGCAACCCGGAAUCCGGAAUCCUCUGRUCAUCAAUCCCAAGCGAAAGCAUACACUCAUACCCGUACAUGCAUCACUCUUUGCUCCCGAUAGAAUCGUAUUCCGCACCCGAACUUCUUUGAGAAACAAUAGCAACCRAAGAACAACAAGGACCAUAGUAGCAGAGCAGAAUGGGACCCAACGUGAACAUCCCRAUCGCGUUUUACUCGUCGGCCCUGCUGAUCCUCCUGCUGUAUACCGAAACGGGAGACGAAGGCCGGGGCAGCAGCGCACCGGCGGUCGCUGGUUGGCUGCGGGGGAUUCUGACGGCGGCKUGCUGGCUCCCGCUGUUGGCGACGCUCUGUACGCUCGCCGACGACGCUCUGCGGGCAGCGGCCGCGAGGCUUUGGGGCAGCGGCGGGUCCGGAGGCGAAGCUACCGGUCCGAGGCUGGCGCUGGUCACGGGGGCCGGCAGGGGGAUCGGGCGGGAGAUCGCCGUCGGCCUGGCGGGGAGGGGAGUCCACCUCGUCGUGGUCGGCCGCAACCUGRAACGCCUGCAGCAGCUCGAGGAAGAGCUGGGGAUUUCCUGCCCCGGGGUGGAGGUUUUCCCCCUUCGKUGCGACCUGUCCGAUCCCUCCGAGAUCGACCGGCUGAUCUCCKCCCUGGAAGACAAAGAGGCGCCGCCCUCCGUCGCCCCGGGGGGAGGAUCGCUCCUGGGYGCCAUCGACGUUCUUGUCAACAACGCCGGGCUGGGGGACUCGUCCGACUUUUUYCACGAGGGUUGCCGCCUGGAAAAGGUCCACGCGGUCYUGUCUCUCAACGUCGUGGGGACGAUCCACCUAACGCACCGGGUGGGACGGGCCAUGAGGCACCGGAAAAUAAGGGUGGAAACCAAAAGCGAAAGCGAAACCAAUGCCAAUAMCGAAACGAGCCCCCCACGCCGAUCCAAGCGCAUUGUCUUCGUUAGCUCCAUCAUGGGCCUCGUCCCGGGAAACGCCGGCUGUGCCGUUUACGCCGCCAGCAAGGCAUUCCAGCGGUCCUUUUGCGCCUCGCUGGGSCGGGAGCUGGAGCUGGAAGCAGCUUCGAGCAGCGGAUGCUACAACAACAACAUCGUCUCGGUCACCUGCGUCCUGCCGGGGGCCGUCGCGUCCACCGGCUUUUGCGACGCCGCUGGCAUGGAGGAUUCCCCCGUCUUUUGGCUCCCCCGGUUCUGUAGGGUGGCCCUCUCSCCCAGGGAGGUGGCCGGUGCCGUGGUCCAAACCGCCUGUCUGUCGCCGUUCCCCCCGCCGCGGGAGAUCGUCGUCGGGGUCCUGUACCGGCUGACGGGGCACGUAGUGGCGGACCUCUUCCCGGCGCGGGCCACGCAGAUCCUCGGGGAGCUCCUGACGCGGCCGUGGGGGAAAGGGGCGGCACGAAGAGGAGCCGGUGGAAGCGACAGCAGGAGUGGGGACGGCGACCGGUGACCGGCACACAAAAAGAACGACCAAUCUCCCCCGAGUCUGAUAUGGAACCGGUAUCRCUUGCAAAGAACAACAGAACUACUGCAAAUACGGGCAUCGAAAACAAUACUACUGUAGUUCUAUUUUUGCAACGCAUAUACAYUAGAAUGGCAUGCUUCGAUACAAUACUACUGCGUUUGAUCGCAUUCUAGCAACAUGACAUUGUUGGAGCAGGCACAAUUCUUCCACCAUGAAGAAGUACUAACAGCGUUAGCAAGUAGCAUUCUCAUUCCCGUACACCUUGAACUCAAGAACUUCGGACAAUAUUCCAGUAAAGUGGAUUAGAAUGC